UAAACAGGAAGUGCAAUGCCAGAAGCGGCUAGUUCAACUCGACUCGAUAGAAGAAGCUAAAAACAACAACAACAAAUACUUUAACGGAUAUAUCUGAUAGUUUUCUACACUUUUAUCCCCCCAAAAGAGGCGUGAUAUUAACCUGGAGACGUGAUGUUAAACGGUUAAACAAUUUACAGUACAACCCGGUUACUAACGGCUAACUAACGUCUGCUGCACGUCAUCGCUAUGGGAGACAAGGAGCUGUGUCUCAUUAACAAGAACAUAACAAGUUUGCUGGAUGUCCCCCUGAGUCCUACUGUAACAUCACUCAAUCUGCACUGCAAUCACAUCCCUGGGAUCGAGGGCCUGACCUCAGCUUGGCACCUGCGGCACUUAGACCUCUCCUCCAAUUGCAUUUCUAAGAUUGAGGGUCUCAGUUCACUCACUGCCCUGAGGACUUUAAAUUUAUCCUGUAACUUAAUCACCAAGGUUGAAGGACUGAACGGCCUUGUGAACCUAACAAGAUUAAACUUGUCCUACAAUAAGAUAAACAACCUCACUGGCUUGUUGUAUCUUCAUGGCGCCGGGUACAAGCUGAAGCACCUCAGUCUCCACAGCAACAACCUGGAUAACAUCGAUCACCUCCUGCAGUGCCUGCUGGGAUUGCAGAGUUUAAGAGAGGUCUCUUUGAGCCAGGAAGGCAGAGACAACCCUGUGUGUAGGUCACCAGCUUACAGGGAGAUUGUUAUUCAGUCGUUGCCACAGAUCUCUGCUCUGGAUGGUCUUGACCGGCUAGGAAAUCCAUCAUCUCCGGGUCUAGGGAGUCUGUGUGAUAUCCCCAGUCUGGAGGACUAUGUGGACCUCUUGCUGUCCUCGGAUGCUAGCCACAAUGAAGCGGUAAGAGAGGCUGUUCCUCUCAACACUCCCAGCAUCGAUGAGGCGCUGACCCAGUUUCGUCAGCGGAUUGCCUCUGAAGCCACCACAGAUCCAGCUGCACAGGUUUGCUCUGCUACGGCCGAUCCGCCAGACCCAGUUAAUGAAGAACGCAUCAGGAAACUGGAGCACCAGGUGUCCCGGCUCAUCCAGAAGGCCCCUGCAGGUGACACAUCCAGCAGCUUUACUCAUUCUGUUGUUACGGUACGGAAAUCCAAGAGGGAUACAGAUCGCACGUCAGAGAGUGAGUGUGACAGCGGGAAGGAGAACAGGAGGCGCAGCAGGAUCCCCAAACAUCGUAACAGCACAACAGUGAGGACGUCCUCCAAUGAGACCAAGGCCCUGAGAUCAGACAGCGAUCGGCAGAAUCAUAAACAGAGGAGUUCAAAGUCUGCUGAGAGGCCCAGGGGAAAGACUGGCGGAGCAGGUGGUAAAGAUGCAGCUGGGCCAAUAAGGAGGGGACCUGUGAGAGCUGCUAAAGCCUCAGGCGAUGUGAAAACCAAGUCCACUCAGGAGGAGGAAACCUACAGGACUAUUGUUGAAGAGCGUGACCAGGAAAGGGAGAGGCGUUGGAAGGCUGAGCAGGCUGUGAGGAAACUAACAGAGGACCUAAAGUGCCUGCAGACAAAGGUCAGCGAGGAAAAAGACCUGCAGAGCAUGGCCCUGCACACCACCGACAGACUGAAAGAAUUGCUGCUGAAGGAGCGAUCGGGGCGCUCUGAACUGCAGACUCGUGUUGAGGAGCUGGAGGGGAGGUGUCGGUCCCUAACCCAGCAGCUGGAGCAGGCCCGCAGCAGUGAAGAACAACACAAGACGGCACUACGCAGACUGGAGGAAAGCAUCUCCCAUGGAGAAACACUCAGGGCUCGCCAGCAGGCUGAGGAGAUGAAGCGGCACCAGGAGCUGGAGAACAAAGCAGCCGCUCUGAGGAGAGAGUUGGACAUCCAGAGAGCCUCGGUUCAUCAGCACAAAAACAAACUGCAGCAGCUGCAUGAACUGCUGGCAUCCAGGGAACAAGAGCACAGAAAACAGUUGGAUUUGCGGUUGCAGCCCGGUGGGGCAGAUUUUCGAGAGGCAGUGGUGAAAGAAAUUGCAUCAGUGGAGCAGAGACACAGCCACAGGGAGGCAGAGCUGCAGGAGAAAGUGGCAGAGGGCAGGAGACAGUACGCUGCUCUGGAAGAUGAGUUCCGCAUGGCGCUAACCAUCGAGGCUGCUCGCUUCUCUGAGGUAAAGGAGGCUUGUGAUCAGAUGACUGCGGAGCUGUCAGGGCUCAAGGAGACCCUCGCUCAGUCCCAGCAGAGGGAGAAGAAAUCUGGCUCCCUGGUCCAGGAGCUCACAGCAAUGGUCAAAGAACAGAAGAACCGCAUCACUGAUCUCAUGAAAGCCAAACGAGACGCUGUCACUGAUCUCAAGAGCCGUCUGCAUUCCUUGGAAGCGGAGGUAGAACAGGACCGGCGUCUCGGCUUGCAGCUCGAGCUGCUCAAGAAAGACAAGUCCCGACUGUUGUCUCAGCUCACAGCUCAGGAGUCUGUGAUCGACGGCCUCAGGGCUGAGAGGAGGAUCUGGGGCCAGGAGCUGGCUCAGCAAGGAGCCUCCUUGGCUCAGGAUCGUGGGCGCCUGGAGGCCAGAAUAGAGGUGCUGGGUGCUGAGCUGGAGAGUCAGAAGAAACAGAACGAGAGGGACAACGAUGCCUUAAAAAUCAAAACUAGAAUCAUUGAUGACCAGACAGAGACCAUCCGCAGACUCAAAGAGGCCCAGCAGGAGCGCGAUGAUCAGAUCCGUAGGCUGCGUGACGAGGCGGUCCAGGCCCAGAAGAGGUUCGAGCAGCAGCUGGAGGAGGAAACCAGUCGGCAGACUGAGCAGAGGGAGCGUCUGGAGCAUCUGAGCCUGCGCAAGGAGGAGCUGAAACAGCAGCUGGAGGACAAAGAGGCCGAGCUAGAGGACAUCAAAAGAGUUUACAGUGAGUCCAGUAAGAAGUGGCAGGCGAAGGCAGACCUGCUCACUCGGCUGGAGAGCCAGGUGAAACGCAUGAAGGAGAACUUUGAUUCCAAGGAACGAUCGUUGCUGGAAGAAAGAGAUAAAGCAGCAGACGCACAGAAAGCUGCAGUAGAGAAGUUACACUGUGUGGACGAUGCAUUUCGUCGACAGCUGGAGUCUGUACAGGCUGCUCACCAAGCGGAGCUGCUUCAACUGGCGAAUGAGAAGCAGAAACAGAUCGAACAAGCCAGACAGAAGGUAUUUGAGGUGGAAGAGGAGAUGCGUCAGCUCCUGGAGGAGACGGAAACUAAUAAGAGAAUCAUGGAAGAGAAAAUGAAACGUCUCACAAGUGUAUUAAAAGACUUUAACACAUGAAACAUUACUUCUUUGCAGCUAUAGCAAUGUAUGAGUUUUAACACAAGAGGAACAAUUUAUUUUUUUAAUGAAUCAAUUUACUUACUGUUAUUUUUCCUAUUUUUUAUGUUAAGUUAUUGUUGUAUUUUUGUACAUCAUGAUUUAUCUUAUUCCCCCAUGAGCAUAUUUUUGUGUUUUCUUUUAAGUUCUGCAUUCAAGUUGAGAAUGCAGGAUCUGAUGGGAAUACAAAAUUCACAAAUAUGCAAUACAAUGGGUGUUACACACGAAAUAUGUAAACUGAUUAAAUAUAGUUUUAAGAUAACUGUAUGAUGUAUUUAUUGUUGUUUUAUUGAUGAAAGAAUGCAUACUACCCUACAAAGCCUAACUGCAAUAACUACACAAAGGGUCAUUUUUUAACUGGCCAGCCAAAUGGGUUAUAGGUAGAUAAGUUACAGGAUUUUAUGAGACUGGGAGAACAUGUUGUACUU